CCCCUCCCCCAAUAACAGAAUGAAAUGGGAAAUUUGUUAGUUAAUAGGUAUCUUUAAACUCAUCUGAAAUCUUAACCCAUAAAAAUGUCCUUGGCUUUGUCUAUUCUUACCGUGUCCUAGAAAUGUGACCUCUAAUAGCAGGAUCAGUAAUUUGAAGAACAGAACUGGUACUUUGUACUUGUUUUUUAAGUUUAAUUACAAUUCUUAUCAAAAUACUUGAUUAUUUUUUUCCUCCCUGGCCAAAUUUAUUUCAGGAGUGCGCUUGUCUGUGACCUAGGAAGGCUGAUAUUUCUUAGGUACAAUUUGUUACUUGAAUGGAGAAUUUUGAUGAGAUCUGGAUAGAUAGAUUCGGGUAGGAAAUAUCUUCUCUAAAGUACUUAUUAGAUCUGGUUGACUAUGUAGAGCUGAUCUAAGAGUAGGCCAAUUGCUUCCGAGAAAGACAGUCGAGAAAAACAGCUCUGCAGCAGGCGUCUCUUGCCACCAUAGUAUAUUCUGGUUAGCUGCUCUGCAGUAAUGCAGCCCUGUCUUUUUGAGCAGUGUUGUUAUUCCUGCUGCAUAAUUAGCAACUAGUGAGAUCACAGUCUGGGGAUAUUCUGGCAUUACUGAAGCAAAGCAAGGGAGGCUUCAUACCUCAUCACACGUGGCUCAAGCUCUGACAGCAUUUCUAUAGAGCAGAUUCAUGUCCUUCUGGAACUUAAGUCCAAAGAUGGAGAAGGAAAAAAAGAUUUGUACCUUGGAAGUGGACUAUCUCAAGACUCCUUGGUUGUGUUAAAAAAAAAAAAAACUGUCAGCCAUAUUGAUGUAAUCAGUAAAUUGUCGCUUUUGCUAUUUGUUUUCUCUUGCUGGCUUUACAGAGGACAAAGAUUGUAAAGCUAUCUUUCAUUGCACAGAGGAUGAUGCUAGAUCAGAUGAGCCCUAUUUUAUGGAGUGGUAUGAGAUUGGGAAAGAUUGUGGGUUUUGAAACCGGUGCAGAUUGGUAUCUUCCAUCCAUUCUCUAGUACCAAAUUUGACCUUUUUAGGAGCCUGAUGAGACACUUCAUACUUGUGAAGGUCUGGGUAAAGGGUUUUCCCGGCUGCCAACAUCCUUAGAAAUUGAGAGUCUAAAGUAGUGUUCCCUAAGGUGUGUUCCAAGGAUCACUUGCCCCCUGAGAUACUCUGGAAACAAAGGAUUCCAUAACCAUUGCAUUCUGUGUUUUCUCCCACCCUUUACCAUGUUCAUUAGCAUAUUUAAAGACUCUAAGAGGUUCUGCCUAAACAGUUUUCUAAACUAUUUUGACACAGCUGUCCUAUUUCCAUGUAAAAGCUAUUAAUACCCUUGGAACUAGUGUAUUUAAGGUAUACACUUUGGGAAAUGCCAAGCUACAUUAUCACUAGGAAAAAUAAUUGGGUCUAGUCUAGGUUUAGGUAAAGCCUAAUUCUGCCUUUGAUCCCCAGUCCCUCCUACUGGCCCCCUGGAGAGAUCUGUGUGGUCAGAAGAGCAGCUACUGUUAUCCCUGGGCUAAUGAAGCCUAGAGCCCAGCUGGCUUAGAACCAAAGGCCUUAACUCCACUGGGAAAGGUGGUGUUGCUACUUAUCUCAGUAUUCUAAGAGUGGUUGAGACUGGAGGGGCUGAGGGGAAACAAAAGGUAGGAGGAUGUUGGCUGGAAUCAGUAGAGAAAUGACCUAGUCUGGAGAGACCAGCCAUCACUGCUGGCUCAGGUGCUUUCUUCAGUUAGAGCGCUGUAUGUGUAGACUUGGCAGGGGCCUGUCUUAGGACAGGAAUGCUGAUUCCUCUUCUCCCCUGGGCAGAAUCCUAAUGCACCUGGCUAGCUGGUGGUGAGCAGGGGUUUUGGGGCCAACGUGGUGGGUUCCCCAAGGACACCCCUUUGAAGCCAAUGGAUGCAUUCACGGGCUCUGGUCUCAAGAGGAAGUUUGAUGAAGUGGAUGUGGGCUCGUCCAUUUCCAACUCAGAUGAUGAGAUCUCCAGUAGUGACAGUGCUGACAGCUGUGACAGCCUCAAUCCUCCAACAACUGCCAGCUUCACACCCACAUCCAUCCUGAAGCGGCAGAAGCAGCUGCGGAGGAAGAAUGUGCGCUUUGACCAGGUGACUGUAUACUACUUUGCCCGGCGCCAGGGUUUCACCAGUGUGCCCAGCCAAGGUGGCAGCUCUCUGGGCAUGGCCCAGCGCCAUAACUCCGUACGCAGCUACACACUCUGUGAGUUUGCCCAAGAGCAGGAGGUGAACCAUCGGGAGAUUCUUCGUGAGCACCUGAAGGAGGAGAAACUCCAUGCCAAGAAGAUGAAGCUGACCAAGAAUGGGACAGUGGAGUCGGUGGAGGCUGAUGGCCUGACCCUGGAUGAUGUUUCAGAUGAAGAUAUUGAUGUGGAAAAUGUGGAGGUGGAUGAUUACUUCUUCCUGCAGCCUCUGCCCACCAAACGGCGACGAGCCCUGCUGAGGGCUUCUGGAGUCCACCGCAUUGAUGCUGAAGAGAAACAGGAGCUACGAGCCAUCCGCCUCUCGCGGGAAGAAUGUGGUUGUGACUGUCGACUGUACUGUGACCCAGAAGCAUGUGCCUGCAGCCAGGCUGGGAUUAAAUGCCAGGUGGAUCGCAUGUCCUUUCCAUGUGGCUGCUCCCGGGAUGGCUGUGGGAACAUGGCAGGGCGCAUUGAAUUUAAUCCAAUCCGGGUCCGGACUCAUUACCUCCACACCAUCAUGAAGCUGGAGCUAGAGAGCAAGCGGCAGGUGAGCCGCCUACCAGCCCCAGAUGAGGAGCCCUCACCCACUGCCAGUUGCAGCCUGCCAGGAGCACAGGGCUCUGAAACGCAGGACUUCCAGGAGUUCAUUGCUGAGAAUGAGACAGCUGUGAUGCACCUGCAGAGUGCAGAGGAACUGGAGCGGCUCAAGGCAGAGGAAGACUCCAGCGGCUCGAGUGCCAGCCUGGACUCCAGUAUCGAGAGCCUGGGUGUGUGCAUCCUGGAGGAGCCCCUGGCUGUUCCUGAAGAGCUAUGCCCAGGCCUCACAGCCCCCAUUCUCAUCCAGGCUCAGCUGCCCCCGGGCUCCUCCGUCCUGUGUUUUGCUGAGAACUCGGAACACCCAACUGCCUCAACGGUGAACAACCCAUCCUACUUGAACAGUGGGCCCCUGGUCUAUUAUCAGGUGGAGCAGAGGCCAGUCUUGGGGGUGAAAGGAGAGCCUGGUACAGAAGAGGCCCCACCCCCUUUCCCCAAGGAGAAGGAUCUUAGUGUCUUCUCUCUCCCUGUUACCUCACUGGUGGCUUGCAGCCCCACAGACCCAGCUGCCCUCUGUAAAUCAGAGGUAGGGAAAACACCCACUCUAGAAGCGCUAUUGCCUGAAGAUUGUAACCCUGAGGAUCCUGAGAAUGAUGACUUCCACUCCUCAUGGUCCCCCUCAAGCCUCCCCUUCUGCGUGGACAAUGAAGAGGGCUGUGGCGUAGAGAAGACCUCCCAGCAGAGUGAGGACCGGUCCCCUGAGGACUCUGCAGUAGAACUCCCUCUGACAGUGUGAUGUGGAGUGGGGAGUUUUGCCUCUUACCCAUUCUCUAUUUAUUCCCUUAUUUUAUCUAACGCCAUUUCAAAACAAAACUGUAGAAGCAGCUGCUGCUCCCAUGUCAUUUUAUUUGGGUCUGUGGGGAGCGGGUGGGAAAGGAUUGUUAGUACAAGUAUUUUUUAAAAGGGAAACAGAACCAAGGAGAACAGCCCCAGCUUUGAUCUGGGUUUGUAGGGUCUUGGGCAGAGGAGGCUGCAUAGUGCUGAAUACUGAGCUUUCUGGGCCAUGGGAACAAAGAACUAGGAUCUCACAGGAGAAGCUGGGUAAUUCAAGCAGCUAUUCUUUAUGUAGGGACCAGAACACAAGAAUUUGAACAUCAUGGCAAAGCCCCUUCUCUCCUGAGCUCCAGAUGGGGUAAAAACUCAUUUUUCUAAGUGAUUACUCUGAUACCCCAUUUUGGUGUAUCAUUAUUGGAAAUGUCAACUGAUCGAAUCUAGAGAGGGAGGGGGUAGAAGGGUGUCUGUUUCUGUAUAAAACCCCCAGGAUUUAUAAAAAUUUAACCUACCCUUCCUCCACUCCCUUUUUGGUAAAUAAGUUAAUAUUUGAUAUGUUUGCUGUUCUCUGACCUGUUCCCCACAGUGGGGAUUCCUGGUCUGUAACUUGAAUUGUUUCUUUCACAGGUUCUUAGGUACUAGAGUUAAACUUGUCUAUUUGUCCUCCCCACCCCCAUCCUUUUUUUUUUUUUUUUGGCGAAAAGGAGCUAGAUUGGAUGCAGAUGUGUAAAGAGCUUGACUCUUCUCUAUGUCUAACACUAGCUCUGUGAGGCAGCUUUAGGUUGGGGCUCACACAUCCCAUGGGAGGAUUAUAUGGAGCAUUAACUAUAUCCAAAGGAGGCAGCAGGAACAGGCUGCUGUCUGGAAAGAAGACGGCUUUAUUUGUGCCAUGCUUGCUUUUUCAGCCAGGUUUUUUUUCCCUUUUUGAGAGAUCUGAGCUUUAAUGGACUGUAGGAUAUGGCAAAUCAAAGUCAACAACUAGUUUUUGUUCUUUUUUUCUGUACCUACCCUCCUGGUCCUUCUUGGAUGUACAAGGUUAGAGAAUUCUCACACUAUUCCAGCUCACCCCCAAGAACUACAGCUGUUUAGUGGACCCCUCUGCCUUGAUGACAGAAUAAAAAUUGGAGGCCAAACCAAUUCCUAAAUGCCACAUACAACCCCCUAGUUCCAGAGGACAUAAGUUCUGAAAAUAAUCUUUGAAGUCUAUAAAAUGGGACUUGAAUUCAGUUCUUAUCUCUGUUGGGGGCGUGUAUGGUUUCUGUUCCUCUUACGUCCAGUUUAUAUUCUAGGAUCUGUUCCAUCAAAUACUGCUUAAUUCUUUUUUAUUAGCAAAGUUAUCUUUGCCUCUGUUUUAAAAUGGGGGCAGUAGGGAGCAAAACAGUAUUAUCAUCCUUCAUACUGUACUUCACUUCUGGUAUGGUUUAUUAACCAGGAAGGAAAAAAGUGAAAAACUUUCUUUUUUUUGGUUGGUGGGAAUAACUGUUCCUACUUAUCUUGCCCAUAAAGCCUUUUCUUGUGGGAUAUUAAGGCCCUGGUGUCUUAAAACAACCUUCAUGUAUGUUGCAGCAUUCCACCUAUAAAAUCUCUAUACUCUGAGUCUGAAAGGCCUUGUACUUAAUACAGAUAACAUCUCUUAACCCAUUCUGCCCCUCUAUUCCUGUUUUUGUUUUUUUGUUUAGAGGGGAGUUCUUAAGUAUAUAGGUCCUUAUCUCUCCCCAUCCCCAGGCCUCACAAAACAGAAUUGAAAGACAGUCUAAGUACCUGAGAUCUAGAUACUAUCUUGAACUGAGCUACACUCCCCCCAUCUUAGCCAGGUACCCUCCAAUACAAGACUGAAGCUUCACUGCGAAUUCACUUUGCUCUAGGGAGAAAAGAAUCUUUUUGAAAGUUUGUGUUGGAAGGGGAGUGCGAGCUCUCCACACACAGUCCCUCCUCAGGAAGGCUCCCUUCUAAUCUAGGAAAGUAGAUUCUAGCUGCUCGGUGAGAGACACAUUAGCCUUUGGGAUCAGUCCAGGAGUCUGAAUCUGUAAUUACUAAACCAAUUCUCAACCCGCAAGAUACUUGAUUUUUCUGAAAAACUUUCUUAAUGUAAGUCCAUCCCUUCAUUAACUACAGUUCUGACUCACACUGAUCCCAAGCUUUUGAACGGUAAAUAUUAACAUUUAGCAGUAACUAUCUUGUCAAGCAAAGGGCCUUUUCUAAACCUAGUCCAUCUCGUUUCUGGUGCUAUCUGAGUUGGAUAGGAGAAUUAUAGUUCAUGGUUGCUAGGAGGCUAGCCCUCUGAUCACAGAAGCAGAUAGCUUCAGUUCUGUUCCGUUGGGCCUAGAUAAAAGAAAUGACUUUGCAACCCUUAUUAUUUUCCAGUUUCUUUUCUCACAUACUGUAUACAGGUAGUAUUUUCAGUGUGAAUCCAAAGCUUGUCUGGUUCUCUGAAAAAAAAAUUUUUCUUUGCCUUUAGGUCCUUUACAUUGUGAUAAUGCUGUAUUUAAAGAGAAUAUUUAAAUGUAAUAUUAAAGAAAUAUUCAAAAG